AUGUUUGCCUUCCUUUGGAAAAUCUCUCUCUUCCUUUUGGUUUUGGGAAUGGUUAAAGGAGAUCUUCAAGCAGUUGCAGCAGAAGAAAAACAAGCUAAAGAUGGAAAACAAGCUUCACCAACCCCUCAGCUCAGUGUCUGGCGGUUAGCAAGCCCUUCUCUGCCUCCUGAGUUGAAAAAGAUUAAUGGGAUCGUGGAGGCUGAACAGGUCAACAGGCAUUUGCUUUUUCGAAGGAAGCGGUCCAUUCUGUUUCCCAGUGGAGUUAAGAUCUGCCCUGAUGAAUCUAUUGAACAGGCUAUUGCCAACCACCUGAAAUACUUCAGACUCAGAGUGUGUCAGGAAACAGUCUGGGAGGUCUUCAAGACGUUCUGGGAUAGACUGCCAGAGCGUGAAGAGUAUCACACCUGGAUGAGCCUCUGUGAGGAAGGAACAAUGAGCAUCUUUGAAAUGGGCAGGAACUUCAGUCAAUCUGAGGAGCACCGAAGUCUGAUUGUGAAGAAACUGUCCUAUACAAAGGAAGCAAUGGCUGGCUCCUGCACUGAUUGGUCAUGUGGUGGGACUCCAACUCCAGCUUCGGAUGCUGAUGUUACCACACUGAGAGAUGCAGCUGCCAAUGUUCCUCCCCCUCAUGAGGUCUCCGUUGAGAGUCCUGCAGGUGGUACCCUCCAUGAAACUGAAGAUGCAGACACAACUAUCAAUAAUGAGAUAAAGAAGGAGGAUGAGAAUCUCAUGAGACCUGUAACUGAGCAGAUGAUUGAGUUCAGCAUUGUGAUCGUUGGAGAAAAGUACAGCGAGGAGCUGAGUGACCCAGACACUGUGAAGCAUCAGCUGCUCUCUGAGCAAUUUGUUUCUCAGAUCCAAAAGAUAUUUGAAGGACUACCUGGAUACAAAAACAUCCAUGUCCUGGAAUUCAGCUCUCCUGAGGAGGACAGUGGGGUGGAAGUGCACUAUGCUGUUACUUUUGAUGGAGAAGCCAUCAGCAAUGCCACCUGGGACCUGAUUAACCUUCAUUCCAACAAGGUGGAGGACAACUCCUUUAUGGACAUAGAGGAUAAUCCAACAGUUGUUUACACCAUCAGCGAUUUCCAAGAUUAUAUUGCUGAAAUUCUCCAGAAAAAUGCCUUGCUUGAAAACACUUCCUUGAUUUUAGACCCAAGCUCUCUCCAGCUUACUAAUGUGAAAGAAAUACUACACCCUACCCAGGAAGAUCCAUCCUGGAUUACUGAGCACCCAGUUGUGUUGGAGCGUGCGGAGUUUGAUGAUAACACCUUUUUAGCUGAACGGCCUUCAGCAGAUGAAUCAACUGUCAGCAAUACCUUGCCCUUAGAUUCCACCAAACCAGAUUCCACUUCAGAUAGUGAAGAGUCCAAUGACAAUGAAAUCCACCGAAGACCAGCAAAUCAGGACUCUGAGGUCAGUUGGACACCUGAAGCUCCACUUUCCUCAGAAGUUGAUGUCACUUCUUCGCCUGAUGGGCUGAAUUUAGAAGAUGGGAAUCAGACUCCUCCUUUGGUCACCACACCAGUAUUAGAGCGUGACUCCCUGGAAUGGCUGUCAGCCCCUGAUUCUUCAGAUGGGUUUGAAGAUACUGGACUAUCUGAAGACUUUAUUCUGCCUUCGAGUCCCCCUUCUCACCUUGUGCCUGAAGAACCUCCAUCUACAGAUGAUUACAUAGUUCCCCUGUUUUCUGCAUCAACAGUGGGCUCCUCGGCAGUCAUAGAGACUGAUACUAAAGCAACAGCCUCUGCUGAGAUGGAAGAAGUAACUCAGGGUAGUCCUGCAGACAGUAGCAAUGCAGGCUCUGUGUUGCAUGAGUCUGUGGAAGGAAGUCCUUUUCCCUUAGAAUUACACCCUGUGGAAGCUGAAACUGAUAUUUAUCUCGGAGAUAGAAUUACAUAUGAUGAUGGGUCUGGUUCAGCUUUUGAUGGUUCAGGAAAAGAAAUGGAGUCAAGUAUUUGGCCUUGGGAAGAAGCAACGCUGGAACCUGUUUUCUACCCUGGUCCUGAUAGCUGGCUUGAUGAUGAUAAUGAAUCUUUGUUAAUCAGAACCGAGGAUAUUCCUGAAGGCCUGAUCUUAGAUUAUAUUCUUAACUCUAGGAAUAAACUAGAUGAUGAUCCUUCCAAAGAUGAAAAUCAAGGUAUGGCCGAUAUAGAAGAAAAUUUUCUCGAUGAGUCUGAAAUAUUUGUCUUUCCAGAGACUACAACUCAGCAGGUAUCUCUGCUACAGACAGAGGAGCCAUUGCCUGUGGAGCCAUCUACACAGACAGAAACAUCGAGCACGUAUGAUUCUUCUUUUGUUAAACCACCCUUCGUUUUGGAGCCGUCAGAAGACUAUUACUCUGUAGACAUGUCAACUGGAGAAGCCCCUGUCUCAACACACAAUACAGAUCUGUCUGUUGAAGAUAAUACUCUCCUUACAUCUACAGUAACCCUCGCUAUGGAGGACAAUAGUCUUACAUCUACCAUAACUAUCAGUGUAGAGCAACCUGAAGAGUCCAGUGCAGGUCAAGAGAUCGUUUCUGAAGCAGUUGAACACCAGAUUGAAGACAGGCCACUGGCAGAAGAAGUGUUCACAGCAGGACAGUCAGAUGUGGCUGAAGCUGCUACGAUAGGCUACUUGGACACAAGCAGUUCAGAAACUAUUCUGACUGCAGAUCCUUUCGUGGUAAACACUAAUACUUCCACAGAAGAGCAGCAAGCCCUGGAUACAUCUUUGGCAGGCCAAAACACUGGCUCAGCAAUAAAGAAACCAGCUGAUGUUUUGCCUACUGACAGAGUGCUAGAAAAUAUAUUAGAUCUGACAGUAGAAUCAGCAACAGCAACUGCAGUUGAAGCUGCAACUACGGUUCCUUCUGUAAUAGAACAGGCCACUGUUCUAGAGGGCGUUGCUGGACAGGGUGGUACAGACCACAGCAUGCUUGUUUCCACGAGCAUCAGCACUGUUAAGAACUCUUACGUAACUGUGAAUGUAACAGCAAACGUCGCUGAGCUUCCAUCCCGUCUCCCUCCGAUGGGAUCCACAGCGUCACCAUCGGUGGUUACCUCAGCAAAGGUGGGAGAUGAAACAGCCAGGGUCCUGGAUGUGUCAGUGGGGCUGGAUCACGUGAGCGUUGUCAGCUUUUCUCCUGUGCCGAGUGAGGAGGGAAGAAGCCUGACUGACAGUCACGUGGAGCUGACCACCCAUGCCCAAUCCACAGAGAUGGCCAGCGUGGCGUGGGCCACGCGUGAGAACCACAACAGCACUCCUGUCCCAUCACGAGCUCUGGUCGUGUUUUUUAGUCUUCGGGUUACCAACAUGAUGUUUUCAGAGGACCUGUUCAACAAAAAUUCCCCUGAAUAUAAAGCAUUAGAGCAACGAUUCUUAGAACUGCUGGUUCCGUACCUUCAGUCAAACCUGACGGGCUUCCAGAAUCUGGAAAUCCUGAACUUCAGAAAUGGCAGCAUUGUGGUGAAUAGUCGAAUGAAAUUUGCCAAACCCGUGCCUCGGAAUGUCACCAAUGCUGUGUACAUGAUCCUGGAAGACUUCUGCAACACUGCGUAUCACACCAUGAACCUGGCCAUUGAUAAAUAUUCCCUGGAUGUGGAAUCAGGUGAGCAAGCAGAUCCCUGCAAAUUCCAGGCCUGCAAUGAGUUCUCCGAGUGCUUGGUGAAUCGCUGGAGUGGGGAGGCUGAGUGUGUCUGCAAUCCCGGCUACCUGAGCAUCGAUGGGCUGCCGUGCAACAGCAUUUGUGAUCUGCAGCCAAACUUCUGCCUGAACGAUGGCAAGUGCGACAUCAGCCCCGGGCAAGGCGCCAUUUGCAGGUGUCGUGUAGGAGAGAACUGGUGGUACAGAGGGGAGCACUGUGAGGAGUACGUGUCUGAACCACUGGUUGUGGGUAUCGCCAUUGCUUCUGUGGCAGGGUUCCUUCUUGUGGCAUCUGCUGUCAUCUUCUUCUUGGCCAGGACCCUUCGAGACCAAUACACGAAGAGCGACACCGAGGACUCUCAGGGGCAGGGUGACAGCCUCUCGUCCAUUGAGAAUGCAGUUAAGUACAACCCUAUGUAUGAAAGUGAUACAACUGGCUACAGCCACUACUACCGCAGAUACCCUCAGCUAACAUCCUACAGUUCAACCAGCGCAGAGACAUCCACCGACUACAGCAGUGAAGAGAUAAGGCACAUUUAUGAAAACAGUGAGCUUACUAAGGAGGAAAUUCAGGACAGAAUUCGAAUUAUAGAGCUCUAUGCUAAAGACCGUCAGUUUGCAGAGUUUGUUCGGCAGCAUCAAAUGAAGCUGCUUUAAGGAAAAAAAAAAGAAUCAGUAGAAAGCAUGUGGGAGAUAAAGACUACCUUGUUGCCAUAGCAAUGGGCUCAGAUGUAACUGCAAAGUUACUUAUAGUCUUAACAUUGCAUGGAUGGAUACAGAUGUUUUCUA